UAUGUUAAUAAAUUUGCUAAUGGUGUGUUAACGUUAAUGCAAAUUUUAUGUUUUUAAAUAAAAUAAAUAAAUAGGUACGCUAUUGAAAAUUUGUUAAUUGAUUUCUAUGUAUUGGUUGUAUUUAAUGACUUUAAUUAUUUCAACCACUUCCACUUCUAAUUUUUUUGUUCAUGUUGUAAGUAUAUAAAGCGAAUUCAAAAAAGAAACAAUACAAUUAUGUAAGGUUCAUUAGUUUAUUUACAAGCAAAUUAGUGAUAUGGCACCAAAUUUAGCAGACUUGGUGCUAUCCAACUCGGAGGAUCCGAUGAAACCAGUAGAGUACAAAGUAAGACCUGUGGACCCACCCAAACCUAAAAUUAUAAAAGGCCAACCUAGCCAGCCUCAGUACCAAUGGAAAAUAGUAUGGAGAAAUGUUAUUUUAUUCCUGUAUUUGCAUCCCUUUGCAAUAUACGGGUUGUAUUUAUUGGUUACAGCGUGUAAAAUUAAAACAAUAUAUUGGGUUCUAGCUCUAGUAUUUCUCGCUGGACAGGGUAUUACUUCGGGAGCACAUAGAUUAUGGUCUCACAGAGCAUACAAAGCGCGUCUACCUUUACGAAUAUUUCUUUGUAUUCUGCAAACCAUGUCUGUUCAAACCCCCAUAUACGAUUGGGCGAGAGACCACAGGGUGCACCACAAGUUUACCGACACAGACGCUGACCCACAUAACGCCAAAAGGGGAUUCUUUUUCUCCCACAUGGGCUGGUUGAUGAUAAAAAAGCACAAGGAUGUUUCCACGAAAGGAAAAACUAUCGACUUGAGCGAUUUGGAGGCAGACCCAGUCGUUAUGUUCCAAAAAAAGUAUUACUUGAUUUUGAUGCCCUUUGCCUUUCUGAUACCAGCACUAGUCCCAUGGUAUUUCUGGGGCGAAACGUUGUGGAAUUCAUGGCACACUGCAGGAAUUUUGCGCUAUACUUAUUCAUUAAAUGGAACAUGGUUGGUGAAUAGUGCCGCUCACAUUUGGGGAAUGAGACCUUACGAUAAGAGCAUAAAACCGACUGAAAACUAUCUCGUAGCAUUUAUCGCUUUUGGAGAAGGUUGGCACAAUUACCACCACGCUUUUCCUUGGGACUACAAAACGGCCGAGCUAGGAAACUACAGACUCAACUGGUCCACAGGCUUCAUAGAUCUAAUGGCUAAAAUAGGAUGGGCUUACGACCUAAAAACGGCUUCCCUCGAUAUCGUAAAGAAAAGAAUCAAGAGGACUGGAGAUGGGAUGAUUCAAGUUAAAGAAGAUAUUGAUACGCUUGGGCGUGAGCAUGAGGAUUGUAUAUGGGGAUGGGGUGAUGAAGAUAUGAAGGAAGAAGAUAAGGAGGAUCUUAGGGUUUUCAAUAAGUUAAACACUGAAUAAAUUUUUUUGGAAAAAC